AUGAUAAUUCUCAACAUAAAUGAUGAAGAGGAAGGGGGAGAAGGAGAUGAGCAAAUUCCAAAUAAUAAAAAAGAUAUAGAAUUAUCACAAAAUGGUGAAAUGGGUGGUGGUGAAGUUACUGGACUGGAAAAACCUUGGAAAUAUAAAAUUAUGGCUUUAUUAUGUGCUUUAUCUUUAGCCGUCGGAAGUCAUUAUGCAGCUCACACAUUAGGUGCUUUAAAAUCCACUAUUAAAAAGGAACUGGGAAUAACAAAUUCAGAAUAUGGAAUCAUUCAAUCAUCAGUUUCACUAGUUAACACAAUUUUACCAUUUCUUGGUGGUGUGUUUAUUGAUACAUUUGGUACAUCAUUAGGAUCAAUUCUAGCUACAUUUUUAAUAGCAGCUGGUAAUAUUUUAGUAGCCUUAUCAACCCAUUUAAUUUCAUUUCAUGUGAUGGUUUUGGGAAGAAUCAUGUAUGGAAUUGGAAGUGGUACAAUUGUUACGAUACAAACUGCUAUUCUAAGUCACUGGUUCAAAGGAAAAGGGUUGGCCAUUGCUGUUGGUGUUCAAAUUGCUGCUGCUAGAUUAUCAUCAUUUUUAGCCAAUUUAACAGUUAUUCCAAUCACCAGAGUUACUGGGUUUUAUGGAUAUGCAUUUUGGGCAGUGCUUGGACUUCAUUUUUACAUAUUCAUACGUAAUGAAUUGGUGAAAAAAAGAUGGAAUAGCAGUGAUGAAAUUGCAGCAUAUAAUUCAAGUGUGGCUCAAUUCCUACCGAUAUUUGUUUCGCCUUUCCUUGGCUAUUUAUUAGAUAGAUUUGGUAAAAGAUCUAUAGCAUUAAUAGUAUCAACAGUAUUUCUUAAUUUAUCAAUGUACUUGCUUGGAUUUACAUUAGCAAUAUCACCAAUCAUAGGAAUGGUAUUCUUUUCAAUUUCAUUAUCGCUAGGCACAGCAUUGGGUAUAGUAAAAUCAACAUCAAAUAUUGGUGCAACCAUUUAUGAUAUUUGUGUUGGUUUGUUACAAGAUUUAAAUAAUGGAGAUGGUAAGGAUGGAGAAGGCGGUGAGAAUGAAUAUGAUUUAGUGAUGCAGUUGUAUGUUUUUACAAGUUUUGUUACUAUAUUGGUUGCAGUGUUAUUGUCAAUUGUUUCUAAAAAAUAUUAUGAUGGUGUUUUGGAUAUGAAAGAUGACGAAAGAAAGAACUAUUAUGAAAUGAAAAAAGCAAAAAAAAAAAUAUAUAUGUGA